UGUUAGGUUUUGGAGAAUAUUAUUAUAUGGUGCACAAGUGCACGAUGAUGUAUUUUGUGCUAAGCGGAUAAUUUCCGCAUGUCAGAUAUUGCCCAAUGAGCAGAUAUAGCCGGAAAACACUCUUGGAGAUAUCUAAGUCAAAUUCCAGCCCGGAAGGAUUUGACAAGUUCCGCGAGGGCAGUGAGCCGAGAGAGUUUAUCGGGAGUAAGCAGACAACAUCGGUGGAUUCCGUUCACAACUCUAAGUAUCAACGUUUGUCGCCCCAACCCCACAAGCGCCACCGGCGUUCACGUGAUUUGACCCCUGCCUCGAGUCAGGAGUCUCUCCACAUGGCUGGUGGCACCCCCUCACCUUCAGCACGUGACAGCCUCAUUAUCAGCACCUCAGAGAUCCGCGAUGACGAACGCAGAAAAUCCUCAGCAGACAUCUCAUCUCGACCCCAAAACACAACCAUUGAAGAGGACCCAAGGGAGACAACUCUGGAUGAUCCUGAGAGCCCAUCCAACAGUGACAAGGUGAACGGCAAUGUGGAAAAUGCCAGUGAAGAGAGUGGAGGUGACAACAGGGAGCCCUCACCACAAGUGUCCUUCGACAAUGGCUCCCCGAUGGAUGACAGAACGUCGGAGAGACGCAUGUAUACCAUAGACGGAGAAUCGCAGUUGGAGAAGGAGAAGCUGCCGAACCGACAUGCGCGGGAGAAAUCAUUCGAGAGGUCCCUCGACAACAUCAUGGACAAAUGUUCGGAGAAGUCGCUGGACCUCAACUUAAGCGUGGAGUCGUGGAAUGGGUCUAUGAGUGACGCCAGUUGUCGGUCUCCAGACAACAGUCUUGCAACAGGCUCCAACUCAAUAAAAUAUUCGAAGAAUGAGAAGAAGAAGAAAUCAGCAUGGUAUACGAUGCUGGCGCCAAGCUACAAGACAAAAACAGAUGAUUUUCGCAAAACAUUCAAGGAUAUUCCUCAUGAAGAACGCCUCAUUGUCGAUUACUCGUGUGCGCUGCAGAAGGACAUCCUGGUGCAGGGACGGAUGUACAUCACACAGAACUGGAUCUGCUUCUACGCCAACAUCUUCAGAUGGGAGACUGUGCUAACCAUACAGUGCAAGGAGAUUACAGCUGUCACAAAGGAGAAGACAGCCAGAGUCAUCCCCAAUGCAAUCGCCAUAACAACCGAGCGGGAAAAGUAUUUCUUUACCUCCUUUGGUGCCAGGGAUAAAACGUUUAUGAUGCUGUUCCGAAUAUGGCAAAAUGCUCUCUUGGACCAGCCGAUGAGUCCGAAGGAGUUGUGGCAGUGGAUACACUACAGCUAUGGUGAGGAGCUGGGUCUCACCUCCAGCGAUGACGACUAUGUGCCACCGCCCGGCAUGGACGAUCUCCGGGAGAGACUCAGCAAGGAGGAGAUCAUGCCACCCAAGGGGCUGUCUGAUUCCUCAGAUAUUCAUUUGCAGGGUGAGCUUGGUCAGCUGAUCAGUAACGACGACACCGAUGUCCUCGUGUCGGACGAAGUCUUUUGCCAGUCGCCAGUGCCAUUAGAUUCUCCCCUCGGUAUUCGUGGUACUGAGGUUCCCACUGAUUUUGGGGACACAACGGAAGACAGUGAAGGUGAGGUGACUUGUUCUGGUCAUGAACACCUGGAGAAGUGUUACCUGGAUGAGGUGUUCAACCUGUCCGUGGACCAAGCCUUCGAGUACCUGUUCACAGACUCUGCUUUCUUUAGGCAGUUUGUUGCAUCACGGAAGACUUUCGAGUUGGAGCUGCCAGAUUGGAGCGAAGUUGAUGAGAACGGAAGUCGGGCUCGAAUCAUCCGCUACACCCUUACACUUAACCAUUCCAUAGGGCCAAAGACUUCCCCCUCAGAAGAAAAACAGACGUGUAUGAAGGAGAGUCAACAUGGGCUCAUGUACAUCAUCGACACCGACUGCAUGAAUGGAGGUAUCCCCUACGCUGAUGCCUUCUUCGUUGCCAACCGCUACUGUCUGACUCGUGUUUCUAAGAACAAGUGUCGGAUCCAUGUCUCCAGUGAAGUGAGGUACAAGAAGUCUGUCAUCGGCAUUAUCAAGGGCAUGAUCGAGCGGAGCGCUGUAGGCGGACUGACGGACUACUUCCGUGCACUAUCUGCCCACCUACGUCGAGAGGCUGAGAGACAGGAGACAGUCAACAGCAGUCAGAAACCAGCCAAGAAGAAACUACGUAGACGCAGGAAAAUCAUUGGGAGCAUCUCAGAAGUUGUAACACCGUCACGGCAGCCGGAAAGACAGAUGUCAGCUCCCCCCUCCCCAGUGAAACACAUGGGAACCCGAGACAUGAAACUUAGUGUGAAUGCUGAGUCCUUUGUGCGAUUAAUAUUUUUCAUAUUGGCGGUAAUGGUCGUACUCAACGCCAUCCUGUUCUUCAAGGUGUGGUGCCUGGAGGACAUCGUCAGGCAGAGGUACCUCCAUCACACAGCCAGGGACUUUGACAACAUCGAGGAAUAUCCCCGGUCUCAGGAACAGUGGGCCAACUUGUUGAAGCAGCAGAAGAGUAUGUACAACCGGGAGAUUGACAAGUGGAGCGACGUGUUGUCUACCUCCAUACAGUUGAUAGAACAGAUGAAAGGCACCUUAGAAGCACUCAGGGACGGACUGAAAUUGAGGAAUGCUGACAGGAAGUCCUGACCCACAAUGCAUCUGUGCGAGCACUAACCUCAAACCUACCUGUCCAGUAGUCAAUGGUAGAGGUCACAACUCCACAAAACCAGCAACAAUCUUGGGAUCAGCAGCAAAGGUUUUUGUGACAUUUGAUUGGUCAGUGGUUGUUUUCUCUCUGACCAAUCAGGGACCAGGAUUUUCCAGCUUGUGAAACUGUUACUGAAUGUGAUAUAAUGUCUCUGGUAUACAAGAGAACGUUGUUGAUAUUUAUUUGACAAUGAGAGAAGUCUCUCAGUUAAGUUAUGACUAUAAUAGAUGUCUAUGCAGAGUUUACACUGCAGAAUCGCAUCCAAAUAUCUGUUCUUUGUCAUUAAUGGAUUUUCUUCACAACAGGAGGUAUGCCAAAAUCACCAGUUUAAGUAUUUAACAAACAUUUGGGACGCAGGUAGGAAUGAUCACCAAGAUAUGUCAUGGGUGAACAUUAUGAUUUGAGUCAGCACUGUGCUAGUAUUGUUUCAUUCCAACUUAUUUUACAUGUGAAAGGGUAUGGAAUUCAUUAGUAGGCAUUCAAGGUUUUGAGAAUUUAGCUUCAGUGGGAUGGAGGGUGGAGGGUUCAGUUGCAGAAUACAAGUAGACACAUCAAUGCAAGGCCACAUUUGUGUGACUGUGGCAGGUUGUGUAUUCAUGUGUGAGUGAGGAACGUUGUGUAUUCGUGUGUGAUUGGGGAACAUUGUGUGUUCAUGUGUGACCGUGGCAUGUCGUGUAUUCCUGUGUGACUAUGGCACGUCAUGUAUUCUUGUCUGACUGUGGCAUGUCAUGUAUUCCUGUGUGACUGUGGCAUGUCACAUAUUCCUGUGUGACUGUGGCUCGCCAUGUUUUCGUGUGUAUUUUGUGUGUCAAAGACUGAUGUUUUUUCCGUUACCAAUGUGUACUGAUGAAAAAAGUAGGGAGUAUCUCACCAACCAACAUCAGCUGCGUCACCCAGUCAGGAGUAAAUACAGUUAAGUAUAACACCAAUGUAUGUGUAUACGUGUGUACGUGUGUAUGUUCAUCAUGUAGUGAUCAGUCAGUGAAGGUCACAGCCAGAUGAGGGGCUGACUAGCAUGAUAGGGGCCAUGGUGGAACCAAUG